CUCUCAAGAGUGUAGAUCUUAGGAGGAAAUCUACACUCGACGGACUAUAAGAAGUUUGUUAAUUGCGCUUCAAGCGUUGCCUGAUACUAGUACUUACCAAAGAGAGAGUUCACUUGUAUCUGAAGAAAACGACAAUCAACCAGAGAGGUUAGUGAAGUAUACCACCCGACAAAGCUAAGCCCAAGAUGGAUACCGAGUGCGGCAAAGAGCCGGGGAUCGAGGAGGCCUCGCCGUUCGUGGUGAAGAAGAGAUCGAAGAAGGCGUCCGUCGUCGCUAGGCGAUGGAGUUCUGUGGGGAACGCCGUGGUGGUGGCCCUGAUCAUGGCCAUGCCGCCGAUCGUCCUAAUCCUCAGCGGCCGCCUCGGCGCGCCGUCAGUGUGGAUCCAGUCCACCGUGGCCGGGUUAGGUGCUCAACGAGUUGCAGAAUCAAAGAAAGACGUGCUUCUGGGUGGCCUUCUCCUUCCAGGAUUCGACGAGCAAUCCUGCGCCAGCCGGUACCAAUCCGUGUACUACCGCAAGAACAUGACCCGGUCGCCGACGCCGUACCUGAUCAAGCGGCUGCGGGAGCAGGAGGCUCUGCAGCGGCGUUGCGGCCCAGGCACGGAUCAGUACAGGAGAGCCUCGGAGCGGCUGAGAUCCGGGCAAAAAGACGUGGAAACCGUCGACGGCUGCAGCUAUCUCGUGCUGCUGUCUUACCGAGGCCUGGGCAACCGGGUGCUCGCCACGGUCUCGGCAUUCCUCUACGCCGUGCUCACCAGCCGCGUGCUGCUCGUCGACCGGGGCAAGACCAUGGGCGACCUCUUCUGCGAGCCUUUCCCGGGCACGACAUGGCUGCUUCCCCUGGAUUUCCCGCUCCAGGGCUACAAGGACCUUGGGGAAGAAGCCGCUGAGAGCUACGGGAACGUGACGCUGCGCGGCGAGACGGGGCCGGCGUCGGCGCACCGGUUCGUGUACAUGCACCUGGACCACGCCGCGUCCAAGGCCGACAGGCUCGUCUACUGCGACGACCACCGGCAGUUCCUGCACCGGGUGCAGUGGGUGGUCAUGAGGUCCGACGGCUACAACGCGCCGGGGUUCUUCCUGAACCCGGCGUACCAGGAGGAGCUCCAUAAAAUGUUCCCCCGGAAGGACUCGGUCUUCUACGUCCUAUCGCGGUACCUUCUCCACCCGACCAACGACGUCUGGGGCAUGGUCACCCGGUUCUACGACGCUUACCUCAAGAACGCCGACGAGAGGCUCGGCAUUCAGGUCAGGGUCUUCGACUACGACGACGUGCACUUCCAGCACAUCUUGGACCAGAUCCUGGCGUGCACGUCCCAGGAGCGUCUGCUGCCGGGCGUCGUGGCGACGAGCACCGGAGCACGGCUUCCGAUGCCAGCUGCGAGAUCCAAGGCCGUCCUGAUGACCGGCCUAAACUCGUGGUACCACGACAGCAUCCGGGAGAUGUACUGGCGGUCGGCGAGCGCCAGCGGCGAGCUGGUGAGCGUGCACCAGCCAAGCCACGAGGAGCACCAGUCUUUCGGCCAGAGCACGCACGACAUGAAGGCCCUGACCGAGAUGUACCUGCUGAGCAUGACCGACAAGAUCGUCACCAGCGGCUGGUCGACGUUCGGCUACGUCGGCACGGCGCUCGGCGGGCUCACGCCGUACAUCAUGAUGAAACCGGAGAACCAGACGAUGCCCGACACACCGUGCAAGAAGGCCAUGUCCAUGGAGCCGUGCGCUCAGGGCCCGCCCUACUUCGAUUGCACGAGGAAAGAAGACACCGACGCUGGGAAUCUUGUGCCCCAUGUCCGGGCUUGCGAAGACAUGUCUUGGGGGCUCAAACUUACUGACCCGGUUACCGAAAAUUAAGCACGAAGGUGCUUCGGAGUAAAAUAGAGCAAAUUAUUCAAGAGAAUUUCAAGUUUGUUA